CAAAACCCCGCCCUUUCGCCUUCACUGCGAACAAUUCUAGAGAGAGAGAGAGACAAAAACGACGCCGUCAUGAGCACCGCCGCGGAGCCACCGUCACUAACGGACGCCGAUAUCGUGCGCUUGGCCCAAACCUGCGCACCCCUCCCUUCUUCUCUCCUCUCCUCCAAUGCACACCCACUCCUUCUCUCUUACGUCACUUCUCUCUCCUCAUCUUCAUCUUCUUCUUCGGUCUCCGAAUACGUACAGUCUCUUCUCUAUUUCAUCUCUCUCUCUCCUCAAACCCCUUCUCUCUCUACCCUCCUCAGCUCUCUCCUUUUCUCCUACAUUGACCUCUUCACCUCUUGCCGUAUCCCUCAUGAUCAUAAUUCUCUCAAAACCCUUCAAUUCUUCACCACGCUUCUCGAUUUCGUCCCCGCUGACGAAAUUCCCCGAACCGUCGACUUGAUCGUGGCAUAUCUACCGGAAAUUGUGGAUUCCGAUGACGCUCAGGUGGUUGAUCUCGUUCCCCGGUGUCUGUCUUCGGCGCGCAAUUCGGAGGAGGUUGAUUGCGGUAAGGGUUUCACAGGCGCAGUCUUCGACCGGAUUCUGGACUGUGUUUGGUCCAAGGGGCUUUUGGUUAAGAUGGUUUUGAUUGUGAGGGACUUUCCGUUUCUGGACAAGGGAAGGGUUGGUGAGUUUGUAGAUAAGGUGUUUGAUGGAAUAACUCGGGUCGACCUGCAGGACUUGCCGUCGCUGGUGUACCAGUUGUUGGUUCUGGCGUCCAAAGGGUUUAGCAAGAGGGAUGUGAUUGAAGGGAUUGUCGUGUUUUUCGGGUCCAAAAUGGAGCGGAAAUCGAGCUCCAUUGUUAGGCAAGUUGAAGGGACUGUUCUGCUCCAUGUGAAUUUCGCAGUAAAGCAGGACCCUUCUUUGGGGCAAGAGAUUAUGGGGCUUGUCAGAUUGGAUCUUAGAGCUUUCAACCAUUUCACUGUCGCUAUUCUCUUAUCGGUUGCAAGGGUUCGGAAGUUUGGUGAGAGUUCGGUUGGGGUUUUGAAAACAGCUCUGCUCACUGCCUAUCGCGAUUACAAGUUUGCCAGAGAUUGCAAGUGGUUAUCUGAUGAGUUGAAGGAAGAAUACCUGCAAAAUGUCAAAGUAGUUGAGAAGGCUAUGUUAAGAGCUGUUAAUGAGAGCAACUAUGGAAGAGAACACAUUGUCCCUAGCAUUGUGCAGUUUGCUUUUCUGCUCUUAGAGUCGGUGGAAGAGGAGAAUUUUAGAGAGAUUUGCCACUCUAAUGGUCUGUUAGGGAUGGAAGAUCUUGCUUUUCAGAUGCUUAAAGCUCUAUUUGAGGUGUAUGAUAUGGCAAGAAAUGAGAUCAUUGAGCAAUGCAAAUUUCGGAUCCUUUCUUUGAAGCCUGCCCAGAGCAUGGCAAUCAUUAGAUUGCUUGGUGAUCUGGUAGAGAACUUUCCGUAUCUCAUAUUAGAGCACGUUUCGCAUUUAAAAGAAUUGUUGGAUUAUUUUACUUUCAUGCAUGGAAAGGUUGCUUCUGGUAUUGUUUCUGCUCUAUUGCCUCUUACCAAAUUCAGCCGUGAUCUUCAGGAUUACACCAUUUUGGUCAUGCGCAAGGCCAUGUUUAGACAGGAAGAAGCAAUUCGUCUUGCAGCAACUAAUGCCAUUAUCAAUCUUAUACUGACGGAGAAGCAAUCAAAGAGAGAUGGCCCAUUUUCUUUUCAAGAGUCAUCUAGCCAAGCCAGUAGCAGCCAACAAGCUCAGCUGCCCUGCUGUGUGGGAGGCCUCUUUCAAGAACUGAGUGGUUUGCUGCAAAGGUGUCUUUAUCAGCAGGCAAAAAUUAAAGAAGCCAUGUAUCACGGACUUGUAAAGCUGGUCUUGCUUGACCCGUCAACUGGCAGUGCUGUCUUUGAUCUUUUGUUGCCCCACUUCCGUCGGUUUUUCAGGGAGGAUGUCGAGGUAGAGCUAAGAAUAUCCAGUUGCGUUAAAUCAGAAAAUGGCAAAGUUUAUAUUGAAGAGCCCCUAGAUAGUCUACUGCACUGUGUCUCCUGGAUUCUACUUCUACAGCAACAUGGUAAAACUGAUCGAGUCUUAGAUUCCUCUUGGGCAUGUUUUGGUUUCUCCCUCUCACAAGAAAAUGAGAAGGAAGCAGGAAGAUGUUUAACUGGUGAAUCAUUCUCCAAUGCUUUCCUGAAGAUCCGGCAGUUUCUAAGGAAUCAGAAACUGGGAGACAUUGUGGGUCAAAGUACGGACGGAGGCUCGGCAUCCCUUGAUGCGGAUAAAAGCAAAUGUUGUGCACUGGUUUUAUCAGGAAUCAUUGAAGUGGUAAUAAAUGCUAUUGCUAAUGAGUUGGAGAAAGCAACAGAUGUGAAUAAACUGAAUCUUGAAAAGGAGCUUAUUGAGUUUAUUGAAAUUCACGAAUCACUGGGAAAGGACACAUGCUUGUCAAGGCAGGCUACUGGUACUAGAAGAGGAAAUGUACGGACUGCUGCUCAUGAUCUACACGACAGCUUGGAACCAGGCCACACAAAGGUGACUCAAGGACAAAAUUCUUUCUUGGCGACCUCUAGUAUCUACCAGAUCAUGGAAAUGAUUCCGAAACUAUAUGAUCCUGGGAGCUUUGAUAGGAUUGGAACUUCUCAAAACCAUAGUCAGCAAUCCCAGAGCAAGAAAUCAAAAGGUUUCCCUAUAAUUAUAUCUUUCAUCCUGGGUGUCUGCCUUCGUCAUAUAAAAUCAUUUCCUGUUCUUGGAAAAGAUGAUUCAUUGAGAACUUUGUUUUAUGGGGAUAUCAAGAUUCUUGGACCCCCAUUGUUGAGAUUUAUAUUUUUCCUAAACUUAGGGGCAAAGUACGAGACAAGUCAGAAGAAAAAAGAGGCAAAGGGAAAGAAAGAUGUUGAAGAACUAAGGGAGCAUUUUCAUCAAGCCUUAGUUUGCUUGAAGGAAUUGAUAAUGAUUAGUUUAAGAAGUCCAGACCCAACUGCUUUGCUUGAAGAUUUGUUGUCAGUUUCUACUGUUGAGGAUGCCAGUUUGGAUGAUGACUGCAAAAGGGCCUCAAGGAUUGAUGAUCAACCCACAAGAAGAAAAGAACUCUUCAUUGUGAAAACUUUGAGGCUGAUGUUCUUCACGUCUCUUGAACUUUCCUUUCCCGAUGAAGUUGAGGUUAUUUGUGCUAUGAUAUUGAUGAUUGGAGAGAAUUUGCCAUGUGAAUUGAGGAAUUCUCAUGGAUCCUGGGCAAUUAGUGUCUGCAAAGCCAAGAACAUAACAAAUUCCAAGAUUGCAAAAAGUGUUGUUACACUUGCUAUAUCUUUAAGCUUUCCUCCAAACGAUUUGAUCAUAUGUCAGGACAUGGCCACAGAGCUGUUGCAAGUUAUGGGAUCGAAGACAUGUGAACCGGUGAGAGUGUCUGAAGCAUAUCCCCUCUUGAAUCACUCUACAAGAAAUGCAAUAAGUUCUUGCAUACUGCACUUGAUGGAAACAUUUAUACUCGAUAUGGAUUGGGCCAUAAAGAAGCUGAAGACUUUCUCUUCACUAAUCCUCAGAAGCAUCCAUGUUAAUACUAAUGGAGAACACGCUCCGGGGCAAGCAUUUGAGGAAAAUCUCUAUUCUAGGGCAGAAGCGGUUACGAAAGUACUAGCAUCCUUUGUUUUAAUGAGCCUUAACGAUCCUCAAGCUGAGACUUUGCUUCGAUUGGCGGCAAGGUUUUACAAGCAUUUAGCUCAGAUGUCAAAGCUUAGAAUAGCUCCAAAAGGUUGCAAGCAAGUUUUGCCUUCCCUUAAGUUCCAGAAGCUUGUGGAGAUUACUUGCAGGCAGGUCACAGUUCCUCUGUACAACUUUGUGGCCGAGAUGCAAAGGAGUCAGCAAGAAAAUUCUAGCAGCAAAGGAAUCAUCAACAGGAUCAAAAGAGAGAACAGGUGCAUUCCAGACUUGAUCUUUCAGAUAGAAGAUUAUGAAAAGUAUCUCAUUCAGCUAAGCAAGCUAAGUAAAAUCAACUUGUUGAGACAUGCAAAGCGAAGUACUGCCCGGGAUUUCAAAAUAAUAGACACGACCACCAACCGCGAAGCUGCUGCUGCGGAGAACAAUCCCGUUGCAGCAGAAAGCGAGACGUGUGAAGAAGACUCAGAAGACAGUGAAGGAAGUGGGGGGUCUGAGAAAGUUCUAUCUCCUGAAACUGGCAGUGCUUUGGCUGCAGAGGAUUCGGAGUCCAAUGGUGAAGAAGAAGGAGAAAUUGCUUUUCCAAAUGCCAAGAGGAUGAGGAGAUACGGAGUUGUGCAGGAUGAUGAUGCGGCUUGAGAAGCUAGAACAAGUUAAGGCGACUUUUUGUCCUUUUUUGCUUGAAUGGUUGCCCCUUUUUGAGAGCCCUCUUUUCAUCCUCACCGUCCACAUGGAAAGUGACUGGAAAAGGCCUAAUGGGCACUUUCCUUCAUUUUCACAAAGGUUAGAAACCAACAUUUUAGUUUGCAUUAGAUUGGCGGGGAAAUAUGAGCAAAUACCAGUGUUGUUCUACUUUAAUUCUGAGGGUGAAUUACAAAUGACCCUUUUAAGAUCAAGAGCAAAAGAAU